GUUUAAUUUUACGUCUAAUUUUACUCUAUAGUUUUCAGUGUUGAAAUAACGAUGGGACUUUAUUUUCUGUACAGUCUCGCAGUCACUGCUGUUCUGUUGUUCACUGCACCAACAGGUCUUACUCUAAGAGUCGUGGAUCAGAUGAUAGGCGACUGCGAGUAUGGUGAGGACAUCGCCGACAUGGUCUACUUUGUGAAAAACAUAGUCAACAAGAAGCUUGAGAACAUGUAUGACUCUCGGAUUGGGAAAUAUGUCGGCUUUGAUGAAAACGGCAUAAGAGCUGCAAAACAUUACAACAAGCAGGCCUGGAAAAUGGCCUUAAGACGUGCUGAAGUGGAGACUCUUUGCAGAUACAACGCAAGACUGUUCAGAAGGAGCACGCUGGAAAGGCAAGUGCCGCCAACAGUUAGGGUCCACCAGACCAAGCCGGUUGACUACGGAGAGCGAACAGUAAUCGAGUGCAGUGUUAUGGGGUUCUACCCUCAAGACGUGGAGGUGACUUGGCUGAGGGACGGGACGGAGAUCACCACCGACGUGUCCUUCACAGACGUCCUGGCCAACGAGGACUGGACCUUCCAGCUGCACGCGUACCUGGAGCUGACACCGAAGAGAGGGGAGCGUGUGACCUGUAGGGUGGACCACAGCAGCCUGACAGAGAGCAUGGAGGUGGACUGGGACACGUUUGCACUGGAUGCUAAAUACCUGAAGGUGGUGCUGGGCACCAUCUCCUUCUUCGUUGGCUUCACCGUAGCUGUCGGCGGAGGAGUUUACUACUGGUGGAAACAAAGGUUUGACUUCAGCCCAGUUGGCCGACAGGAACAAACAGCGUCGUAUCUUUCGGACUUCUAGAUUUUGGUGCGAAUGCUUUAAUGGGAGCAGAUGUGAUCUGAUGGAGAAUAUAACUUUCUCCCCCCCCCGAAGGAAAAACCCUUCGAACAGUUGUUUAAAAGUUAGUAUUUCAAAUCAUGGGGGUGUGUUCACUGGGGAAGCUGAACGCACAAACACACACUGCUCCCUUACCCUAACCUUAACCAUCACAACUACGUGCUUAACCCUAACCCUUAACCUAAAACCAGUUCUUAACCCUGAAUAGCCCUUUUAAGUUGUGGGACCCGGACAAACUGUCCCCACAAAGACAGGUUUGUACGUUUUGUGGACCUCACAAAGACAUAAAUACAAGUACACGCUUUAGUGAGGACCAAAGCAGCUGAAUAUCAUCAGUAUUUUGUUCAGAAUAUUAACACAAACACUUGAUUAACAAACAAGGGGAGAAGUGACAUUUUUAUCAUUUUGGGUGAAAGUUUAACGACAAACACGGAGCUUGUUUAGCUACAGUCCUGCUCACAGUGGCUAACACUGUUGCCUCACAGCAAGAAGGUUCACGGGUUCAGAUCCGUGGGCCUUUCUGUGUAGAGUUUCCAUGUUCUCCCUGUGUGCUUGUGGGUUUUCUCCGGUUUCUCUGGUUUCCUCCCACAGUCCAAAAACAUGCAGCGGUUAAUCGGACACUCUGGCCUCUGUUUGUUAUGCGAUGACCUGGCGACCUGUCCAGGGUGUGACUCCACCUUUCACCCACCAAUGUUAUUUAUUUAAGUUUAUUUAUACAAUGCGUAGUGCUUCUUUAAAUGAUAUCUUCUAUAUCUUUAAUAAACAAAUGCAGUAUUAUU